AUGUUGAGUAGCGAAUCAGACAAGUCAAGUAACAAAUCGGAUAUAUCAAGUAACAAAUCAGAUACUUUGAGUAAUAUGUCGGAUACUUUGAGUAGCAGUGGCCAGUCAACAAUUAUGGAACAAGUUGGACUACAAUCAGAAGUUACACAAACUAUA